AUGAUUUCUUCGUCUAAGACAUGGCUGUGGGCGGCUGCGCUGGCUCUCCCAUGCGUGUCGGCCUCCAUACCAAAACCGCGCGGUGACACUGCGACCUGCACCAAGACGACAGUCGCGAUCCUGGGAGGUGGAAUGGCUGGCGUUGCGGCGGCAAAAGCGCUGUCCAACAACUCCAUUCACGACUUCGUUAUUGUGGAGUAUCGCGAUACCCUCGGCGGACGGGUGGCCCACACCACUUUUGGCCAGGAUGCCAAUGGGGAACCCUACACGGUGGAACUGGGUGCUAAUUGGGUUCAAGGAUUGGGUCAACCAGGCGGACCUCAAAACCCCGUCUGGACUUUCGCGCAGGAGUACGGGCUGAACAACACCUACUCCAACUAUAGCUCGAUCAUCACCUAUGACGAGAAUGGAGCCAAUGACUACAGCGCUCUGCUGGACACGUUCGACAAUGCGUACAGCGUCGCCUCCGAAAAUGCCGGCGUCAUCCUCAAGCAGAACCUGCAGGAUCAAACAGGGCGCAGUGGUCUCGCGCUGGCGGGAUGGAAGCCUAAGGUCGAUGCUAUGAAGGAGCAGGCGGUUGAGUGGUGGAACUGGGACUGGGAGGAUGCCUUCUCACCAGACGAAAGCUCCUUCGUCUUCGGCGUUGCUGGCGAAAAUCUCACCUUCAACCAAUUCAGCGACGCAAACAACUACGUCUGGGACCAGCGGGGAUACAACAAGAUCAUCAAAGACGAAGCAGCGACCUUCCUCAAGAAGAACGACCCGCGUCUACACCUGAAUUCUCCCAUCGCGAAGAUAAGCUACUCCCACUCCGGGGUAAUCAUCACCAAAGAAGACGGCAGCUGCAUUUCCGCCGACUAUGCAGUUUGCACUUUUUCCCUGGGCGUCCUCCAAAACGACGUCGUGGAAUUCACUCCCUCCCUCCCCUUCUGGAAACGCACCGCCAUCGAGAAAUUCACUAUGGGCACCUACACCAAGAUCUUCCUGCAAUUCAACGAGACCUUCUGGCCCGAGGACACGCAGUACUUCCUAUACGCCGACCCGCUGGAGCGCGGCUACUACCCAGUGUGGCAGUCCCUCUCCGCACCAGGCUUCCUAGAGGGAAGCAACAUCAUCUUCGUAACCGUCGUUGCCGACCAAGCCUGGAAAGCGGAGCGCCAAACCGACGAACAAACCAAGAACCAGGUAAUGGACGUGUUGCGCAAGAUGUAUCCUCACAAAAACAUCCCCGAACCAACAGACUUCAUGUACCCGCGCUGGACAACAACGCCCUGGGCACACGGCUCGUACUCGAACUGGCCGGCGGCGACAACGCUGGAAAUGCACGAGAACCUGCGCGCAAACGUGGGUAGACUCUGGUUCGCUGGCGAGGCUACUUCCGCGCCGUAUUUUGGUUUCUUGCAUGGUGCGUACUUUGAGGGGCUUGACGCCGGAGAGCAGAUUGCGCAUUUGCUGCGGAGGGAAUGCAGCAAUGUUAGUAGCACGGCUGUGGAUUGUGGGGAUCGUGUGCACUAUCAGAAGCUUUAUGGGUCAUCGCCGCUGGCGGAUUAUAGUGUUUUUAAUGGGUGGCCUGUUAGCAGUUUUUAUGAGGGUUGA